GCUAAAGCGAGCAGACGACAGAGCGCGGCUUGAUACUGUGGCUGGAUUGGGUCGAUAUCUUGGGGAUGUCGACCAUUGUAGAUGUCAGAGUGUACUGUAUUGACACGAAGGAAUCUCGCCAUUUUCUGUGUCUGGCAGACGAUAACAGAUCUGGUUGAUGUUAGGCAGGAGUUAAGGCUGAUGAAUUAACUGCACCCGGAUCUGAUUGAUCAGAACGCAUCGCCUGGAUCAACAGCCACUGUGUAUGAGACAAAAUGAGAGUUAUGAUUGGAUGUUAACAGAACCUUUCUUGGCUGAACAUCAAACGUGGCACCCGAAUACAUCAGUACAUGGCGUCCGCAUGCCCUGUGAUCAGAUGCCGACCUCGGCUGAGCCCGAAUCUUAUGUCUCCGUGUCUUGUCGUCUGUACAUGAAGAAUGGUGGUCAGUUUGAUUGAGACCAGUGUUCGAGCCAGUGAGACGAUGGAAGGGAGUUGCUCUUCUGACGAGAGCGGGAAUUGGUACUGGCAGGAUUCGUCUCUCGUUUGCUACCUGUGUGGGGAGCUGUUUCGUCGGCCCCGCAUCUUACCGUGCGGACACACCUUCUGCACCGACUGCCUGGCCCGACUCAGAGAAGAAGUCAUCAGGGAGGGCAAGCUUGCGGGAACCUAUAACCCCAAGCACGCCGAGAUCGGCCAUUUCGUGUGCCCAAUGCCGGAGUGUUCCUACUCCAUGAGACUCAUAAACCUACAUCGCUUCACCACGAAGAACAAAACAGUCUCUGAUGCCGUGGGACAAUUCAGGAAGAAAAUAGGGGCAAAACAGGAUGUGUCCACACAGACAGACAUUACCUCGGAGUCCAUAAUCGUCGCCAUCCCCAAGUCGCUGCUGAUGAGGAAUAAAAGUCAACGCUACUGCCUGGACCAGGGUUCGUUCAUGGACUCGGUGCUUCAUCGCGCCCUCAGCAUGGACAGCCUCAGCCGCAACUACAUACCCCAGGGCAACUUCAACUGGAGGUCGUGCGUCACCAUGCUCGGCGUCAGCAUCCUUCAGCAACUCAUUCACAUAUGAGAAACACUCGGAUCCACUCGGGUCGUCUCGGGUCCACUCAGCUUAUUCCGCUACCUACAUAUACCCAGAGCAGCUUUUGUAUCUGACAAUUUGAAUGUCUUCACGACAGGUUUUGUUGUGUGAUGUGUCACGUGCACGAAAGUAGUUCCAAUAUGGUGCUGACUGAGGUCUUCUUGGACGGAGUCGAGUAGGCCAAGUUGUUUGAGCGGUUGUCUCCCCUUAAGAAAGUGUUAAUGCCACCGAACAUGACGCCAUGGAAACAAUCAUGACAUGGAAUAUUAUUCUGUACAGUGAACAAAGGUGAAAAACUGUUUGAAACAGGAUAUACGUGUGAAAGGGUUCUUCGAACGAGUAUUAUACAUUGCCAGUGAAUGUAUACAAAGUUACAUAUGCAGUUUUAUGGAUUCAAGAACCGCAUCGUUCAAUAGUUCCCCCAAACUCCUAAUCUACCACAACGCUGGUGACGAUGUCUUGAACACAGAAAGGGUAUUUUGAGAGCUCGAAACAUUCCUUUAGAUGACGAGGCUAUUUUCAUUCUAAUCCUUCGAGCCACGAAAACCUGGAGGAUAGGUGAGAUUUCAGGUAGACCUGACGCUUUAGGCGUGGUGUCUACAUGUGGGCGAAAGACGGCCCCAAGAGAACUGUGUUUCGGGCGCCGCCUUCAUCACGUCGCUGUCGUUGAAGGCGGAGUAUGCAGGACACCCUUCACCUUCAUGUUGUGUCCACCAUUUCGUAUGAACGUUCAUAUAUGGUAUGCAAUGUACCCAGCUUACCUAAUGUACCCAGACACCAACCCCCUCCCCACCAACGGUACCUGUGUCAGAUGACCUCAUGUACCCAGACACCAACCCCCCCCCCCCACCAACUGUACCUGUUUCAGCUGACCUCAUGUACCCAGACACCAACCCCCUCCCCACCAACUGUACCUGUGUCAGCUGACCUUAUGUACCCAGACACCAACCCCCUCCCCACCAACUGUACCUGUGUCAGAUGACCGUAUGUACCCAGACACCAACCCCCUCCCCAACAACGGUACCUGUGUCAGCUGACCUGAUGUACCCAGACACCAACCCCCUCCCCCGCCAACUGUACCUGUGUCAGCUGACCUGAUGUACCCGGACACCAACCCCCUCCCCGCCAACUGUACCUGUGUCAGCUGACCUGAUGUACCCAGACACCAACCCCCUCCCCCGCCAACUGUACCUGUGUCAGCUGACCUGAUGUACCCAGACACCAACCCCCUCCCCCGCCAACUGUACCUGUGUCAGCUGACCUGAUGUACCAAGACACCAACCCCCUCCCCACCAACUGUACCUGUGUCAGCUGACCUGAUGUACCCAGACAGCAACCCCCUUCCCCACCAACUGUACCUGUGUCAGAUGACCUGAUGUACCCAGACACCAACCCCCUACCCACAAACUGUACCUGUGUCAGCUGACCUGAUGUACCCAGACACCAGCCCCCUCCCCCGCCAACUGUACCUGUGUCAGCUGACCUGAUGUACCCAGACACCAACCCCCUCCCCACCAACUGUACCUGUGUCAGCUGACCUGAUGUACCCAGACAGCAACCCCCUUCCCCACCAACUGUACCUGUGUCAGCUGACCUCAUCAACCCAGACACCAACCCCCUCCCCACCAACUGUACCUGUGUCAGCUGACCUGAUGUACCCAGACACCAACCCCCUCCCCACCAACUGUACCUGUGUCAGCUGACCUCAUGUACCCAGACACCAACCCCCUCCCCCGCCAACAGUACCUGUGUCAGCUGACCUGAUGUACCCAGACACCAACCCCCUCCCCAACAACGGUACCUGUGUCAGCUGACCUCAUGUACCCAGACACCAACCCCAUCCCCCGCCAACUGUACCUGUGUCAGCUGACCUGAUGUACCCAGACACCAACCCCCUCCCCGCCAACUGUACCUGUGUCAGCUGACCUGAUGUACCCAGACACCAACCCCCUCCCCCGCCAACUGUACCUGUGUCAGCUGACCUGAUGUACCCAGACACCAACCCCCUCCCCCGCCAACUGUACCUGUGUCAGCUGACCUGAUGUACCAAGACACCAACCCCCUCCCCACCAACUGUACCUGUGUCAGCUGACCUGAUGUACCCAGACAGCAACCCCCUUCCCCACCAACUGUACCUGUGUCAGCUGACCUCAUUAACCCAGACACCAACCCCCUCCCCACCAACUGUACCUGUGUCAGCUGACCUGAUGUACCCAGACACCAACCCCCUCCCCCACCAACUGUACCUGUGUCAGCUGACCUCACGUACCCAGACACCAACCCCCUCCCCCACCAACUGUACCUGUGUCAGCUGACCUCAUCAUGUGCCACGAGUCACCUGCUUGCUUCAGUUUCGUCCUUUUCGAAAGUGUUGAUACAACACGUGGUGAUAGAAGCUUGCUUUAUUAGGAUAGUGCGGAAGUGCUUUACAUGCGGGUAGUUACCCUAGACGCAUGUUUCAAGACUAUAGCGCAUUCAGAAACAGGAACAUCAACAACCUUUACCCAAGCAGUCGAUGCAAGACUUGCCCAAGUCUUCUUGGCAAUUAAUGUGGCUCAGUCUAAAAUAAUUGCCAUUGUCAUGGGAGACAACCUCUCGAGAAUUUUCUAACCAAACCCCAUGAAGCCUAACACAAUUCCCCCCAAACUUGGCUCUGUCCUGGUGAGACAUCUGAGAAGGACGCUUGCAGGGAGGGGAUGUGGGUCGUCCUGCUGACUGAGGGACUAGGUUGACAUGUGAUGGGACAGACCAAACAGAAUUGGGCAAGUCUAAGUCGCUACCAGAGAACAGGUGCCCGUCGAGUGGUCAGUACUGACCGGUUGGGUCCUUGUGUAACUUGUGGUGUCCUGACAGACGUUGAGUCGGCUGACCUACUGGAAUAGCCUUGUGCAUGAAGCGUUCGUUCUUCAUGCCGUAUACCUGGGUUCGAUUCUCAACAUGGAUACAACAUGUGAAGCUGAUGUCCCCGCAAUAUUACUAGCAUUUGCUACAGGCGCCGUUUAACCGCAGACUCUCACCUUUAUCGUCCAUCGUGAGCGCCGAGCUGAUAUGUUGAGUAAUUAGCGAUCUUCGUGGUGUAUGUCAAAACAUUGUGUGACGCUUAGCGUCAUGACUGACAUUUGCUGUGGAAAAUACUAGUUGUGGUGAAUGAAAAAACUAAUAUGUAUGCCUCUUACAGAGACCAUAUACCGGCAUGGUCUACGCCUCUAUAUGUAAUCUUCCGGAGGCAAGAACGUCCACUAGCCUUAUUAUCAAAGCCUUGUUUCCACCCUUGCUAUAAUACAUCAAGCCCACUUUUCUGUGCUAAAUAUGAUUGGACUAUCGCACAUGUCGACAGUCCAAUGAGAGAACCUUUUUACAAAAUCAACAUACACGACUGGUACGCUUUCGUAUGAAAGUGAUUUGCCGCGGCCUGUCUUUGAUGACACGAAUAUGUCUUUUUCAUCUUUUAAACCCCCCAACGAAUUCUAUGUUUUUGUGUCAGGGAUGAAAUCGCGAAUGUUUCGCUAUCUGAUCGACUAGGUCGUCGCCUAUGGUAGUCGCCAUCUUU